CCUGUCGCUGUCACGAUCCCUGUCACAACAACAGCCGCGGCUCGGCAGGCGGGACUUCCGGCUCGCCUGUUCCCCGGCAACGGCUUGAGCAGCCGCGCUUCCGGCCGGGGAUCGCGGGGCGGGGCUGUGGCAUCUGGACACGGAGUCACCUGCCGGGUGCGAAGCCGCCCGUAGGACUCCCGGAGCACUCGAAGCCCCUCCACAGACUUCAUCGCCCCGGCAGGUGUCCCCAUCUGUGUGUCCCCAUCCCGCUGCCGGGCGCGAUCUCGCCGACGGCCCCGGGAGGCAGCGCUGCGCGUUUAUUGGCUGAUGGGCCCGUCCCCUCGGCGGUGAUUGGCGCGGCGUCUCGUCAGUCCGACGCUCCGCCCAGUGCGGCGCUGAAGGCGAGGGCGGGCGGUGCGAGUGCGGGCAGGGGCGGUGCUUGCGGGCACUGAGGGCCGCUCGCCAUGGCUAGCGUGGAGCUGUACUCGCAUCCCGCGCUGUACACGCGCUACCGGGCUGGGUUCUGCUCCGCCGCUGCAUUGGCACUGUUGCUCAUCACGGCGCUCACCUAUGUGCCGCCGCUGCUGGUGGCCUACCGGAGCCACGGUUUCUGGCUGAAGCAGAGCGCGUACCUGGAGCAGCCCACUGUUCGUUUCCGGUACGAGGCUCUCUUCGUCGCCACCAUCGGAUCCAGCCCGGGCAGCUUCUUGGCGUGGAGCACAUUCCCAGCGUUCAACAGGCUCCAGGAGGACCGGCUCCGAGUCCCGCUCCUGUCGACGAGAGAAGAAGACAAAAAUCAAGAUGGCAAAAUGGAUCAGUUGCAUUUUAAACUGGAACUUCCAUUACAACCAACAGAGCAUGUAGUUGGCGUUCAGCUGAUUCUGCUCUUUUCUUACCAGCUUUAUAGAAUGUCAACAUUUGUGAUGCAGAGCAUGGCUUUUCUUCAGUUUUUUUCUCCUGUGCCAGGGUCUCAGCUCUAUGUGAAUGGAGACUUGAAAUUAAACCAGAGGCAAUUACUUAACCACUGUGGACUGGAUACCAGAUACAAUGUGUCUGUGGUCAACGGCACAAGUCCUUUUGCAAGUGACUAUGAUCUGGCAAACAUCAUUGCAGCAUAUUGGGAUAGAAAUGUGACAACAGUCUUUUCAGAUCCCAGCCCUGUUUGGAUGGCUGGAAGAGCAACGGAUACACCAUUUAUCAUUAAUGCCACUAUUCAUUACCCAGUGGAAGUUAUCUUAUAUCAGCCAGGAUUUUGGGAAAUUAUUAAAUUUGCCUGGAUCCAGUAUGUCAGCAUCCUCCUUAUCUUUCUUUGGGUGUUCGGUAGGAUUAAGACAUUUUUAUUCCAGAAUCAGGUGUUGACUACAAUUCCAGUAUCAGCAGUUCUGCCUGUAUCUCCAGUACUAUCCUACAAACAGCACCAGUCCUGAAGAGAUGCUUGAGAAGACUUCAUAGAAAUGCCACUCAAAAAUAGUUACCUGAUUUUAUUCUCUAUACACUUCUUACUUCAGAAGAUCAGAAUUUUGUGAGUAUAUUUCAAGUAUGCUCUGUUUGUGCAUACUUUUUAAAAUACAUGUUCAUUCACCUAGUUUCUUUAGGAACACUGCUUUGGAGCUGGAAAAGUUUAUAUUUUUGACAAUAAAAAACACCCUAGGUUUUUUUUUUGCAACUGGAACAUGCGUCGAAAACCAUUUUGAAAACUGAAAAUAAAAAUAUGCUAAAAGUAACAACAUUAA